CGUGGUCUCCAACAAACCAUCGGACGGCAACGAGGUUUCCCGGAACGCAUCGGGGCCGUCUAGGCUUGGGCUCAGUGGCGUGUGCGGGAGUGGAAAGGAUUGGGUUUUCGUCCGACGUGGACGCCACGUGGGUAUUCGUUUGUCUGAUGUUUCAGUGGCGAUCUAACGGCCGUGAGGGGACCACCGAGCGUGCACCGCUGAUAUUAGAACGACGAGUGAAUGGCGCCGUGUGUAAAUGUGACGAGAGAGAGAGAGAGAGAAGAAAAGGAAAAGCGAGAGAAAGGGAAGGAGGUGGCGGUUUUUGUGAAGCAUUUAAGCGCGAGUUUGCUGUGCGAAAGCUUCGGUUUUUUUUGAGUCUCGUUUGAGAGAAAUGAGCUUCGGAGCUCUGGUGUGAAUCCGUAGUAUUUUGGGACUUGAAGGUUGUUUGUUAGUUUUCUUCUUGGGUUUAAAUUUGCACAUUUUCUCAGUGCUUUGGGGUAGAAUUCGAAGAGAGAGUAAUUUCGAAUUUGAAUUUACAUCUGGGGUUUGAUUCGGAGACGGGUGAGAAAUUGCUGGGUCUGGGUUCUAAGAGAUUCGCGCAUUAAUGGGUGUCUUUUAUUCCAAAAGAGUUCAAUGAACGUGAUUUUCAGAUUUUGAUAAAGUAUUUUGAAUUUUGAUUCAAGGAGUUUUCACGGGUAUUUUAGAGCUUUUCUUAUUUGUCGGCCAAUUUGACCUCUCACUCUCUCUCUUUGUUGGCCUUUUUUUUCUCUCUGUGUCUGGUCUGUUACUCGGCUUUAAUUCCCGAAGAACCUGAUUCUCUGAACACGAGGGAACGAAUUACUUUUCCUCCUUUCUUUUCCACAAUCUCUUUGCUAAGCUUUUUGUCUCUGCUUCCUCUGUUCUUUUUCACCGACGGGAUCCUCGCGAGCUCUACCACUCUAAACUCAGAGAGAGAGAGAGAUAUGUGGCAACGAAAAUCCAUUUUUCUCUUUCUUUGGAAAACCCAAACGCCACUUUUUCGGUUUUCUUUCCGGCGAGCUUUUCGGUAAAACUAAACCCCCCCAAAAAAAAGAAGUUUCUUCAUAUAUAUCUCCUCCGCUCUCUCUGUUUCUCUACGUUGUUCUCUCAAAUCAAUUUCUUCUUCACAUUUUAUCCUUUUUGUCUCAUUACAGAAACGGACGCGGUUUUUAUUUUUGGCACGCUCUGAUUUAUUUCUCUCUGACCCGGUUUCUUUCUGUCAUUGAAGAAAUUCAAAAUCCCAAAAAAAAAAAAAAGAGUGGAAAAAGAAAAAGAUCUGGAUUUGUGUCCGAUCGAAUUCUGAGCCAUCGAAGCCGUUUUCAAAAAUUCAGAUGUUGUUAACUCAGAAAUGGACAAAGCUCGAGACGUGAGGCGUGGAGCGAGUCAGUUCUCUCCAGCCAAGCCCCACAAGCUCUUCGCUGGGUCAGAUAGUGUUGGUGGGGACUUUAUACCUUCGGAAAGAUCGAAGAAAGAGAGGCUAAGGAGAUUGAGUGCUGUUGGUCGGACAAGCUCGAGCUACAAAGGCUACGAAAUGGGUUGCGAUGUGUCUGACGGAGAAGAUGAGCUUCGUGUACAAGCACCGUCUAUGAGUAAUGGCUCUAGCAAGAGAUUUAAGAUUUCCAGAAAGUUUUUUGAUGACUGCAAUGGCGUUGAUCAUACCUCUGUUCCGAGAAAGCUACGGUCAGCCAUGAAGAAGCGCAAUCGCGAAUCUGUUUCGCCACCUUUACCAGAUUCAAAGAAGCUGAACCAUACAGUCAGUGGAGUCGAAUCGCACGUAAAGAAUGGUGUAAGGAAACCCAAACUGAACAUGAAACGAACCCCAGAGCAGACUCUUUCUGGGCCAAUAACAAAGGAUGAGGAAGAAGUAGUGGAGACCUUGUAUGCAUUGGCCGGAAUGUUCCCAAGCAAUGAUGUAAAUGAGAAGAGUAAAUUAGACGGUGAAUCUAUGGAAGAAAAACCUUCUGCUUUGCCAGAGUCAAGGGAGAGUACAAUGCCUUCAUUGGAAGAUUCAGCAGUUACAAAAGAGAACUUGAGCUCAAUGCCCAGCUUGAUAAUUGCUGAGGUUGCCAAUCCCUCAUCUAAUGUGGAAAGAUCUCCCAAAGAAACUACAAUAGUAGACUCUUUGAAUGAACCCCGUGUUCAAGAACAACCCGAUUUGCCUGACAGCAAGAGAGUUCGUAUAGAAUUAGAUUCUUCUGUUCCUCAAUUGAAUCUACAUAGCAUGCCAAUCUUGACUAAGAGUGAAAGUAACAGUGAAAAGCCAUUGGGUGAUGCUGAUGAGCUGAGCUUGGAUACUAGUAGAUUGAAGCUACCCACACAACCAGAGACCCCACUGAUUGAGAGGAAACCAGAGAUUGCAUUGGGGCCAGCCAUAGCCAUUGCAAGUCAACUGGAACAACAAAAUAUGAUCAAGGAGCCUACGAAAAAUGGUCCAGCAUUGUGGCCAGGCUUGUCUUCAGUGGUAUCGCAUAGUGUUGGGAGUCACGGUCCUUCUGUGCAGUCCUCUGCUGCUAAAAUUCAGGGUUGGCUUGAUACUGCUGUUGCCUCCAGGGACAGGUCAUUUGGAAGUGGUUCUUCAAGUGGAAAGGUUUCAAAAGUGGCUGUUAAUGAAAAUUCAUGGAAGAGGUGUGCCACUCAUGUUCGCAUAAGUCAUCUCAUUCGGAUUUUUCAAAUGCCAGAGAACCAAGAGAGGUUGCUAUUGCAACCUAACCAAUUGAAACCACAGGAAGGAUCAAAGCUAGGAGUUCUUAUGGCGAUGAACAACUUCCAUGGGGUGAGAAAAAGUUUAAAUGGGAUUAUUUCUCCUUCCAAUCUUUGCAAUUCUACUACUGAAGGAAAUUCAAAUGAAGCUAAAACUGGUAUUCUUCAGCACCAGCGGCUCCAUCAAGAUCAGCCCCAGGCUGCCCUGGCAUCUGGGGUGUACACUCCACAGAAGCAGAGUUUCGAUUUCUUGUCCUUGUUGGCUGGAGGUGGUGGGGUGGAAGCGAAGAAUAGUGUGAACAGAGCUGGAAAUGGGUUAGAUUCUAUGUCACAACUCCAGGUUCCUUAUCUUCAUUCUCUGGCCCAGCAGCAGACUCUUAUGCCUUUCUCAAUGCCCCAAGCUCGCUAUUCCUCCGCUUACCCUGAUCAGCUUUCAGGAGCACCAGCAACAUCACAUCAGGUCCAGCUUCAGGUACCUCCAUAUCUUGGCAGUCCAUUCUGUGGUUCCCAUGCAAGUCCUACAACCUUGACAAAACAACAGCAACAGCAUCAGCAUCAGCAACUGCAACUGCAACUGCAACUGCAACAACAUCAGCAACAGCAACUGCAACUGCAACAACAACAUCAGCAACAGCAACUGCAACAACAUCAGCAACAGCAAUGCUUUUGGGCUGCUCAGCUGGCAGAUCAAUACAGGCCUGUGGGAACUUCAACUUCCAUGACCCAAGUUUCGAGCUGGCAACAGGGAAGGCAAGAUUCUCCUAUGCUGAUCCCAUGUGCCCAAGCCAUUAUCCCACCUCCCCCUUCAUCCCUAGAACUACUUGGCCCCAAGUACACUACAGUUUCUCAACAGCAGCAACACCUCAUGGCCAUUACUUCAACGUUUCCCCCUACUCGGCUAAAAAGGCAAGACCACGCUCUCCCUGCUGUCUAUGAUGAGACUGGAGGUGGGUUCCAUGCCAGUGGGGCACUGCCAUUGCAGUUACUCUGCAAUGAGCGCCUUUGAUGUGAGCAUCGGCAGCUGUUUGAUGAGACGAUGGAAGGGUAACACAUUAUUCCAUUCAUUCUUUCUGUUCAUACUCAGGGACUUGGUGUGGCAUGAUCAAAUAAGUGAAGAUACAAGCAAACUUCAAUUGAUCACCAUGCAUUUCAGAAUAUCAAAUCACCAGAAAGGAGAGCACGCGGGGCAGCCGGAGGAAAAUUGCCGAGACCGAAUAUGCUGUGGGAGAACCUGAGACCUAUCAGCUGCUGGAGAUAGGUUUUGUAGUAUAAUACUUUUAUGAGCUUAUAAAAUCACGUCAAUGCCUUUUCACAGAGAAUGAUGCUAAAUAGAUUGUUAAGUUUCUUUUUACUUGCCUGUACCCCCUACAAAAUUGUCUUUCUA